AUGGAGGAAAGACUGUCGGCGCGCAUAUUGGAUGGGACCUUCAGACUUAUACACAUUCCCUUGACCCUGUACUCGACCUUCCUCCAGCCGAUCCUGCAGGUGCUUCUUCCCCAGGACGACGACGAUUCGCUUGCCAUCGAGGCCGAGGGUCUCAGCAUCGACAACAAGCACGGGUUCCUCAACAUCAGCAUCACGCCCGUCGAGUGCUCGGUGGUGUGUCAUAGCAGCUGGGCCCGGAACGUCUUCGAGCCAGUCAUAAAACGCCUCCCGCCCCAUGUCUCGAAGCUGGUCUCAAUUUCGAGAGACAGCUACCUGAUCCUCUCCGUCAUAAGUGCUGGAAUGGAUGCGGGCGGCCGAGUCAUGGACCUCACCUCGCCCCUCGCGCUAGCCGGCGUGCCCAUCUUUUUCAUCACUACGUACUACUCGGAUUUCAUCCUGGUGCCCAGCAAGGACCGGCAGACGGUCGUUCAGGUGCUUCUCGCCCGGAACUUCGAGUUCGACAAGGACGAGUCGGCCUACGUAUCGCCCAGCGUGAUGCCUCGCCACCGCGGCACCAGUCGCAACCACGAUCCCCCCUCGACACCGCCGCCGUCCAACGUGGUCGAGCUGCAGGCGCGCACGUUCGAGUUUUUGAGAAAGCGAAACGUCACGCCGUACAUCAGCCCGUGUCUGACCCUGGUGCAGUGUUCCGGCAGACGCUCGUCGCAGGUAGUCGAUUACGGCCACCGGCCAAACCUGAGCCGGCAGACCUCGGGGAACGGGCAUCGGAGGAGCUGGCUCGAUAAUGUCGACACAAAGCUAUACACCAGCCUUAUUUCCGUUCUAGCGAAGCAGCCUAGGUUCCUCUCCAUCACGCUCGCCCAGGAAGACCCGCCUUCGUUACUAUUAGAUAAGGAACACCUCGGCGUCUUCGGAGAUUCCAUCGUCGGCGACACGGAGGGCGACCUCGUCCCGGUUUUUCUGGACCUCGCCAAUCUCCCGCUGGAGGCCACCGGCAUCGUUUCCGGGGUUGCAGGCCGACUCAUUACGGAGAUGGGCACCGAAGAUACGAGCAUCAACAGCGAGCUCUCUUACCUCUCAACCGCACGCGCCGGCGCGGUCAUUCUCUCCAGUCAACAGUCCAUGAAGGCGCUGGAGAUAUUGAAGCCCCUCCUCUCAAAGGAACAGGCGUAGGAAUGCAGAUGCCACCGUGUACGAUACGAGGUAGACCCGGG